AUGUCUAAUAGUAAUGGCGCCCAAAAUGACCACCAACAAGCAGAUGAUGAUAAUGAUGAUAUAUUACAUUUCGAGGAAUCAAUUAAAGUUAUAAAACAUGGAUACUUUGGAUGGGGCUCAUUCCAUCCAACAUGGCUUCAAUGUUGUAACCAUCGAUGGUGGUUACUUUUAUUCAUCUUUCUUUAUGGAUUUUUUGCUGAAGUAUUAGUAUCUGGAUUUACUGCCUCUGUAGUGAGCUCGCUGGAAAAGAGAUUUAUACUAACAAGUGCCGAAGUUGGAGCAUUGCCUGCAUGUUCAGAGGUUUCUGCAGCAAUUAUCGGUUUUAUUGCUAGUUAUUACGCAGGCUUAAGGCAUAAAGGAAGAUUUCUAAGCAUUGGAGCAUUGGUAGUUGGUAUCGGCUCGAUCAUUUUUGCAUUACCCCAUUUCUUUGUCGGACCAUAUCAACCUAUUAUUACUACCAGUAAUUAUACUGAUUUAUGUAUCGAUAAACCCGACUCCUUUGCCGAUCAAGUUUGCAAUAUUAAUGCAGGUGUUCCUACUUCUUCGCGUCGGUUUUAUCCAAUCUUUAUCAUCAGUCAAUUGAUCAUGGGUGCUGGCUAUAACUUAUUGUGGAAUAUUGGCUAUGCUUACAUUGAUGAAAAUGUCCAUCCGCUGUCAUCAGCCAUGUAUCUUGCGAUUAUGUCGAGCGUAACUGCUAUAGGUCCUUCAUUGGGCUUUAUUAUUGCUGCUACGAUAUUACAAAUUUAUGUUGAUACUCCUAAGUCAGCUCCUAUAGGUAUGACACCUUUUGAUCCUAGGUGGAUUGGUGCUUGGUGGAUUUGUUUCUUAUCGAUGGGAAUUAUCUUAGUGCUGAUUUCUAUACCACUAUUUGCAUUUCCGAAGUAUUUACCAGGAUUUGAAAAAUAUAAAGCAUUACGUAAAGAUAUGGCCGGUAAAAAUGCUCGGAUCGAUCAUGAAUAUGGGAUCAAGACUAAAAAUAUCUUCAAAGCAAUUAAAGCAUUAGUCACCAACGUCCCAUACAUGCUUAUAGUAGCAGGCAAUUCAUUCGAGUAUAUAUUAGUAUCUGGAUUUGGCUACUUUUUAGUCAAAAUUAUUGAAACACGAUUUUAUAUGCCGGCUUAUCAAGCAAGCCUCACUACUGGUUAUAUUGCUUUAGCUAGCGGUACAGCUGGCAUUAUAUUGAGUGGAAUAAUCAUGAAGUUUCUCAAGAUGAAUGGCGUCGCCGCCAUCAAAUUGACUUGGAUCAUUAGUAUAGCUGAUGCCAUAGUUGUUUUAACUUAUUUUGUCUACUGCGGUGAUCUUCCAUUUGCUGGAGUUAACCGUAAUUAUCCUGAUAAUCCUCUAUCCACACCAACAACUCCUAAUUUGAUGUCCUCUUGCAAUUCAAACUGCAUGUGUAAUGGCGUUAAAUAUAAUCCUAUAUGUGGUAUAGAUGGAGUUAGUUUUUAUUCUCCAUGCCAUGCUGGCUGCUCAAGCAGUGCCUUUAAUCCAGAAUAUUAUACUAAUAUGUACCUAGACUGCAGUUGCGUCAAUAAAACAACAAUUCCACUACGGCCAUAUGAUGCUCUAGGAGGAUUAUGCCGUAAAUCAUGCCAAGAAUUGAUUCCAUUUCUCGUUGGUUUAACAAUUUCCUUAACCAUCAUGAGUGCUAAAAUAGUUCCAAUAACAGAAGCAAUGAUGAGGCAAGAAUUUCUUUUCAUUGUCUCGGAAAGUCAGCGGUCCUUUGCUGUUGGUUUCUCGUGGGUAUUCUUAAGAUUAGUUGCCAGCCUACCGGCUCCGAUACUAGUAGGAGCAUUUAUUGAUCAAGCAUGUGUAUUUUGGGAUAGUAACUGUAGUAAUAAAGUAUCUGUAUGUUUAGUCUAUGAUAACAAAGCUAUAAUGUACUAUAUCAGUGGCAUUAGUUUAUUUAUCAAGAUAGCUUCUACUAUUUGCUUCUUUGCUAGUUGGAUAUUUUAUAAGAAAGAUCAUUCCAAACCUUACGAGCAUGACUGUAGCCCUGAGAUAUCAAGUGCUAAAAAAGAUUUAGGCCAAACAGCUACAUCUGCCAAUUUCAUAUAA